AUGACCGCCUGGGAUCCCACCGCAAACAAAACAUACCAGAUCCUCAAAGACGCCGAGGAGAAAGGCUACGGCGUCCUGGCCCCUAUUGCCUACAACAUCGAGCACAUCAUCGCCUUCAUCCAAGCCGCCGAAGCGAAGCGCAGCCCUCUCAUCAUCCAGCUAUUUCCAUGGGCCAUCUCCUUUUCGUCCGGCCUCCUGGUGGUUGCCGCCGCGCACGCUGCACAGCGCGCGUCUGUUCCCGUCGCCAUCCAUCUCGACCAUGCGCAGGACGAAGCGCUCAUACGCCAGGCGGCAGAUACGCUACCGUUCGACAGCAUCAUGGUGGACAUGAGCCACUACGAGAUGGAUGAGAAUCUGGCCAAGACCGCAGAGCUCGUGCGGUACUGCCAUGAGCGCGGGAUAGCCACCGAGGCGGAGCCAGGCAGGAUAGAGGGCGGUGAAGAUGGCAUCGCGAGCACGGAGGACCUCGAAGGGGCGCUGACGACCGCGGAGCAAGUCGAGGAUUUUAUUGCGACGGGAAUUGACUUUCUGGCGCCGGCGUUUGGCAAUGUUCAUGGGGAAUAUGGACCGCGCGGGCCAAAAUUACAGUUUGACAGGCUGAAAAUGAUCCUGGACAAGGUAGAUCGGAGAGUGCGCGUCGUCCUUCACGGAACCAACGACUUUCCAGAAACCAUUAUGCAAAAAUGCAUCGAGGUCGGCGUGUCCAAGGUCAAUGUCAACAAACUUGUGCUGGACGAUUAUCUGGUUCACCUGCAGACGAAUGCACCAACAGCGAACCUGACUACGUUGAUGGAGCAAGGCGUUGCGGCCGCGCGAGGCCUGAUGGAGUGGCAGAUAGACGUCUGUCGGUCUAAUGAAAAGGCCAAAUAG